UAGUUGCACUAUUUCAAAAUGCAUGUUUGGAAGCUGUUUUGAAGACAUGAAGUAUGCUUCUUGGUAUUUUCUUCGUAUACCAAGUAUGGAUCUUCAUUUGCAUUUUUGAAGCUACAGCUGAUUGGGAGUUAUCAUGUUAUAAUGAGUCUUUACACAUACAUUGUGGUUCUGAAGAGACAAUAAUUAUUCAUGAAGCUCACUUUGGUUAUUUCCGUGAAAUUUUGUUGAUAUCAAACUCAACAAAUAGGUGUCGUUCACACAGUUCAAGAGAUUGUUGGGUCGAUGUGACUGCCAGUAUAUCUCGACGAUGUUCUGGUUAUUCUAUUUGUAAAAACUCAGUUCACUAUUCAUCUGACUUAUCUGCUGAGCUAUUGGCAAAAGAAUGUCCCUUUAUUAUUGAUAAUGCAGCUGAACCGACGUUGUUUGUAGAGUAUGAUUGCAUUUCAACUACUCUUGUCACACGUAUAUCCAAUGAGAAUCAUGUAGACCCUGAACAAGUUGGUGGUUAUUUAAUCAGUUUAGAUUAUAAUGAAAUUGCACAAACUGGUUCAGAAUGGCGUAGUCAUUUGGCCGACGUGAUGUGUAAUCCAAAAUGGAAUCAUUUACCGCAUCGAUUUUAUUUACCAGCGCCUAAAAUUGCCACAACUAAAUAUUUCAUGGAUGAUAAUGACAGUGGUGAUGAUGCCGUUGGCGUUGAUCAUGCAUCAGGUCAUCUACAUGACAGUAAUCAUGAUCGUCGUCUAUUGAAUAAAAACAAUUUAGUUACAUUUAUAUUACGGAUUAAAGAUAUUGAUUUGACCAAAUCAACUGGGGGGAAUAUGAUUUCUUCAUCGUCCUCCGCCUCCGCCUCCGCCUCUUCAUUCUCCUCGAAAUCUAUCUCAUCAAACGACAAUAAUCAUCAUCAAUUAAUCUUUGCUACUGGUUCAUCAUGCCCAGCCAAUCCUGGCAAUGCAUGUCAUCAUGAUUAUUUAUCAGUGGAUGCCCAAAUAUGGAAUCUGUACAAUGGUACUAUGCAUAAUAUCCCAUUGAUUCGUUUAUGUUUAAUUAAGAACAAUGUAAAUUCUACUGUGGAAGCAAAGAGAACAAGUAGCAGUUUGACCAAUGCAUCCUCCUCUUCAUCAUUCUCAUCAUCAUUUAGCUCAAUGAAUCAUAAUGAGAUAAAUGAAUUGUUCUCAUUGGAUGAAACAAAUUUAGUUGGACAAACUUAUGGACCAAUCAGUAAUGUGCAUGGUUUACAACUGACAUCAAAUUUAAAUUUAUUAGAUCCUUAUAUGAAACAUGGAAAAGGUGUUGUAUUAGAAUAUAUUGCCUUGUUCUGUGUUCCAAUCAAUCCACCAAUUGGUAAUGGUGUGGUUGAUUAUCGAUUUCGUGUCAGCCAACAAACAUCACAUACAUUUGCUUAUGCUGAAAUAUUCUGUCCAUCUGAUCGUUGGUUAGAACCAGUAGAUCCAGGUCUAGAUGAAACUGGUCAAUCAGCGCCACCAACAUCAUCAUCAUCGUCUUUGAUCACAGCUGGUAGUAGUAAUAGAUCGUCUUUGGACAGCGGUGUAAAUCCUAUUCCAUGGUGGUUACAGCGUCGACGACAUAUAACACUGAUUUGUGAUCAUCAUGAACGUAAAUGGAUACCGAAUCGAUUUCCUGAGGCUUGUUUAACAACCGAUGAACUGAUCACAUUUGUUGCACAAAUCACUAAAAAUUUACAAACAGUAGACAAAAAGACCAAAUCAUCUCUAAGUCAUCAUCAACAAUUAGGCACAAACAACACUGACCUUGAUGAUGCGGAUGAUGGUAUGAAGUUGAUGCAUAUGGCAAUGAUCGAUGAUCCAACCACAUCCAAUACAACAAUGCAUACAUCAUUUUAUUUGAAAGCUACCAAUGAUAUUGAUCAAGUGACGCAUAUUUCAUCAGUUGUUCUAGGCUCAAUACUUGGAAUAUUAAUCUUCCUUUUGGCUAUUCUCUUAGUUGUUUAUAGUCUAAGACAUAAAUUAUUCGAACAUUAUCAUAAAACAAUCGAUUUAGCUGCAAUCUCAUCAUCCAGUAGUCGUCUUGCUUCAGCUUCAUUGACAACAUUUCAUCGAUCUAAAGAUACUUUAUUAUUUCCAACAUGGAAAAAAUCACUCCUCUCUUUUCAUAAUAAUAAUACAACUACUACUGAUAAUAAAAAUAGUAGUAAUAAAUUACAUCAUCACAAUACAAUUUUCACCAACGGAUCAUUAUUCAAAUCUUAUCCACAUUUAUUAAGUCAUCAUAAUAUAAAUGAAAGUUUCCCAGAUUUUCCCAAUACAAUAAUACAACCACAACCACCGCAACAGCAAACCAUUUCACUGAAUGCAUCAACGACUAUUUCCGGUGUACACAAGAAGUCAUCAAAUAUUGAUUUUAUUACCGAUGGCUACUUACCACCAUGGCGUAACAACAACUCGUCAUCAUCGUAUUUAAAACGGAAUUCAAAAACACCAACAGCUAUUUCAGCUUUGACUUUGGUACCGAAUACACCGAAUUCCGAUCGUCGACAAUUUAUGAGUUCAUUACCAUGGUUACGUACCAAUUCUACAUCACAUAUUGGUAAUCAUAGUAGUAGUGGGAAUGGUAUACAUCAUCAUAGUAGCAAUAAUAAUAAUAGUAAUAAUAAUAAUCAUUCAAGAUUUGGUGCUUCUAGUAGUGAAACUAUUCUAUUCUCAUCAACAAUCAAUCCACCCAAUGGGAUACCACGUUCAUGGUGGUUACCAUGGCGUAGAAGUAUGCGCAAGAAACGUCGUUUAUAUACACAAUUACAAAGACGUCAAGAAAUCCAGUCGUCGUUAUCACAACGUGGUCUAUUAGACUCGUCUGGUAGUUUUUUAGGCAAAUCAACACCUCAACUGCCGAAUAAUCGAUAUUUCAUGAUGAAAUCAUCAAACCAUAAUAACCAUAAUACUCAUGAAUUAAUUAAACCAGGAGAAUCAUCUGUACCGAUGAUGAUGACGACGAUGCCUCCUUCUACAUCAUCGUCACCUUCAUCAACAUCAUCAUCAUCAUUUUCAAACAAAGAAGAUUUAAGUCAUCAUCCACAUCAGUAUUCACAUUCACAGCAACAUCCAUAUUCGUCGAAUCAUGUCCAAUUAAGAUCGGAACAAUCUGUACAUGAUAAUCAUGUCAAACAGAUUGCUAAUAAAACCAUAACAACCACGACACAACCAGAUGGUAGUAGUAAUCAUUCCAGUCGGAUGAUAAAUGAUUUCUAUGUGAAUAAUGAUUUGGCGAAUUCACCAAAUCAUAACAAUAAUACUAAUAAUAAUAAUGGAUUGAAUAUGUCAUUAUCGAUUUAUUCGAAAACCAAUUCAUCCAAUAAUCAUAAUAAUACUCAUCAAUCAAAUUCAUGGAUCAAUGUAAAUGACAAUGAUGAUUUACCAUGGAAAUUUACACCACCAAGUAGAAAUAGUUUUAGUAAUGGUAUACGACGGUUGUCGUCAUUUUUUCGUGGUUUCAAUCAAAGCAAUGGUUCAUUUACACCACCAAAAUAUAUUAAUCAUCACCAUAGUCAUCAUCCUAUGAAUUAUGGAUUAUCAACUUAUAAAAAAUCAUCAUUUCGUUCAUCAUCGUCAUCAUUUCAUACUGCACGUUCAGAGAUGAUGCCAUCAAUGCCCACGUUGCCAACAUUUACUAAUCAUCAUCAACAUCAUCAUCAGCAUCAUUUAACAACUACAGCUACUACUAAUACUACUAAUAAUAAUCAUAAUAGUAGUAGUGGUCAUUUCGGUUCAUCAUCGAUUCAUCAUCAUUACCCAAUGGAUAAACAACAUUUUGAUUCAAUUCGAUUGAAUGGACGUUAUAUUACACAUCCAUUGAUGCAACCAGCAAUGCAAUCUAUGUCUGAAUCUAAUGAUUUACACAGAAAACACAAUCAACAAAUUGAGAAUAGUAUAUGGACUACACAAACAGUGAAACCAUCAUCAUUAUUUCAUCAAGAUACAUAUCAGCUUCAACAGCAUUCUCAUCCUCAUCAACAGCAUCAGCAUCCUCCGCGUCAUCAUACCAUGUAUAGUAGUGGAGAUGAACACACUACCAUAAAUGAAAUCUUAUCAAGGAAUACAACAAAAACUAGUUUACAAGGUAGUAGUCGAAUCGAUUCCUUAUUAUCUACAGAAUUAAUUGAUUUAUGCGGUAGUGGCAGUGGUAGUAGUAGUCAUAAUGGAGUACAUUAUAACAAUACUACCAAUAAUACUACUAAUAAUCCUUUAAAAGAUGAUUCAUUGGAUAAAUUCAACGGCAAUUCAAUUACAGUAAAACAAAAUGUACCAAAUUCAAUGUUGUACAACAAUAAUAAUAAUAAUAUUAAUAAUAAUAAUUCAUUAUUGAAUUAUAAUAAUAAUAAUAAUAAUCACCAAUUUGAUUAUAUUGAAAAAGAUGAAUUACCAUAUUUCGUGGACAAUUUGAACAAUUUAAUUGAUUCAAACAAUCCUAAUCCUGCUGUUGAUCAUUAUAAUGGAUUGAAUUUUGAUAGAGUUGAGCAUAAAAAUGACGAUUUAAUUAAAUUAAAUUUAUCUGAUCAACAACAUGCCCAACAUAUUCAUAGUGGAACAAGUUCCGCAAUUAGUUCAUUAGUAUUUGCUGAUGAUUCUGACAUUUCAAAAGCAUCAGAACAUUCAAUGAAUAGUGAAAAAUCCGAUCAAUAUAGUUCAUUACAUAUGAUUACAUCACCGAUUGUCUCAUCCAAUGAGAAUCAUUCAAACACGAAUAAUCGUAAUUCAAUGGUCAAUGUUACAACAGUUGUCAGUGCUGUUUGUACUACUACUACUACUACUACGACUACUACUAGUAGUAGUAUUCCUACAGUCACUGCUGUGGAAAAUGCUCCUUCAUCUCGUGUGAAACCCCCAUCGACUAUUGAUUAUGUUACUUAUGAUGAAACACGUUCAUAUGAAAAGAAAAAUGAUCCAUUGAUCACAUUGAACAAAGUGACUGGACAACAGCAGCCACAACAACCAUCGUCAUAUUCCAUGGACUAUAAUCAAUCGAAUCCUUUAUUGCCGAUGAUGAACAAUGAUAACCGUGUUGUCGCUGGCGGACAAUCCAUUGGCAUAUUAAAUGAUGAAGUCACACGUAGAGUUGGCACAAUGAAAAGUGAUUCUGAUUCCCGUCCAUUAUCUGAAGCAAUGAUUAGUAAUCACUACUAUGAUAUAAAUCGUAAUGCGAAUUAUCAAGAAAUAUUAACAGAAACAUCAUCUCAAUGUGAAGAUGCCAGUGGGAAUGCCAAUCAACAACUGAUGUACAAAUCUCAUCCACCAUUACCACCUUUAUGGUCGAAUAAUCAUCAUCAACAUCCUAUGCAACAUUUUAAUAAUAAUAAUAAUAUUAGUAACAGUAGAAAUUUCGGUUCAGUUGACUCAUUAUAUGAAACUGUGGAUUUGCCAAGAAAUCAUUCAACAACACCAAUGAUUAUACCGACAACAAUGAUGCAACAUCAGCAACAACACCAGCAACAGCAACAGCAACACUUCAUCGACACAAACAAUAUUCGUCAAAAUGAACAUUUACACCAAAAUCAUCAUCAUCAACAAACUCAUCAUGGUCGUCGUAGUAGUAUGGCAUUACCUCCGACACCACCAUCAUCAACAACAACAUCGAUAUUCGGCGUAAAAGCACCAAUACGUUCAAUUGGUGAAAUGGAUGAUUGGAAUUUACCUAGUUGUUCUGAUGAAUCAGAGUAAAAAAUAAAAAGGCGACAUAUUAGAAAUGUCAUGUAUAACUCGUUCGCUUAUUUUAUUGCUCAACUUUCUAUUGUGAUCGUUUUCCGUUUUUUUGUUUAAAGCGCAGUGAAUGUGAAACAGGCAAAUAAUUUGAUUUAUUCAAAUCCGAACUAGAUGAAUACACUGCUCAUCAGGAUUAUUAUUUCGCUGAUAAUCAUUUCUCUCU